UGGGAUUCCUCCCCUUCCUGCAGACUGAGGAAGUGCUGUUUUGAACGCGGUGCUCGGUUAUAAGGUUUCUUCAAUUCGCUCGUUAUUUUCCCACUGACUCUGAAUCUGCUGGUGCUGGAAGGGCUGCAGCUUAGACUCGGAAUACAGGAGAGAGAUUCCGAUCACAGCGCCCGCUUGCCUCUGCAGACGGGACUGGUAGCUGCUGCCGCGGCGGGACCCGGAGAGGAAGCAGCAGCAGUGGGGCGGCUGCUCAUCUUCGGGCGGGUAAGAAAGGCAGUGCCAGCCCUCUCACUCUACGUACCUCGCCAUGCUGUCCUGUGAUAUUUGUGGAGAAACAGUAAGUUCAGAACCAGACAUGAAGACUCAUCUCCUCAUUGCUCACAUGGAAAAUGAAGUUAUGUGUCCAUUCUGCAAGUUGUCUGGUAUAAGUUAUGAUGAAAUGAACUUUCAUAUUGAAACUGCUCAUUUUGAGCAGGACACUCAAGAAAGAAACUUUGAGAGAAUAAAUGAGAUACGUUACGGAAGUUCAGAGAACAAUGACAGCACCUUGCAGUGUAGAAUAGAAGCUAAUUCAAGUAUUCAUUCAGCCUGUGCGUCUAAUCAUCCAAAGAAAUCAGCUCAAAAUCUGUGUGAGGAUGGUGCUCUAAAACAUGAAGAAUUUUAUUCAGAGAAUUUAACCAAGUCAACAAAACGCGUGCGUAGUGAGGAAAAAGAGCCUAGUAUGCCCAGAACAAAAGGAUCAGUGUAUGAAACCGUGUAUGGAACUCCUGAAUGUCCAUUCUGUGGAAAAAUAGAGGAUUGUAGCCAGGAUAUGGAAACUCAUGUGAAAACAAACCAUGCUGAUCUUUUAGAUGCUUCUUUCGAAGACUGUGAUCGACCUGUCUACGACUGUCCUAUGUGCGGGCUCAUCUGUACAGAUUACCGGGUUCUCCAAGAGCAUGUUGACUUGCAUUUAGAAGAAAGCAGUUUUCAACAAGGCAUGGACAGAGUUCAGUGUUCUAAUGAUUUAGAAUUGGCUCACCAACUUCAACAAGAGGAAGACAGACAGAGGACAUCUGAAGAAUCAAGACAAGAAGUAGAGGAAUUUCAGAAGCUACAGAGACAGUAUGGCUUAGAUAAUUCCGGAGGAUACAAAGAACAGCAGUUACGGAAUAUGGAGACAGAAGUAAACAGGGGCAGAAUGCAGCCAUCUGAAUUUCACAGGAGGAAAGCUGAUAUGAUGGAAUCCCUAGCUGUUGGUAUUGAUGAUGGAAAAACAAAAACUUCUGGAAUUAUUGAAGCACUUCAAAGGUAUUACCAGAAUGCUGCCCCGGAAGUGAGGCAUGUGUGGCUUUCUGCUGCGGUGGAUCACUUCCACUCAUCUUUAGGCGACAAAGGUUGGGGCUGUGGAUACAGAAAUUUCCAGAUGCUCCUUUCAUCAUUAUUGCAAAAUGAUGUUUUUGAUAACUGUUUGAAAGGUAUGUCAGUUCCUUGUAUCCCCAAAAUCCAGUCUAUGAUUGAAGAUGCCUGGAAGGAAGGUUUUGACCCUCAGGGUGCUUCGCAGCUUAACAACAAGUUACAGGGAACAAAAGCCUGGAUUGGAGCAUGUGAAAUAUAUACACUCCUCACCUCCCUUAGGGUAAAGUGCCGUAUUAUUGAUUUUCACAAGUCAACUGGCCCUUUAGGCACACACCCUCACUUAUUUGACUGGAUAUUAAAUUAUUAUUCUUCAGAGAGAGAAGGGAAUCAAAAGGUAGUGUGUACCUGUAAGCCUCCUAUCUAUCUUCAGCACCAAGGGCACAGUCGUUUGGUUGUUGGAAUUGAAGAGAAAAAGAACCGGACAUUAUGUUUACUUAUAUUCGAUCCCGGAUGUCCUUCUCGAGAAAUGCAGAAACUGUUAAAGCAAGACAUAGAAGCCGGCAGUUUGAAGCACCUUCGGAAACCUGUGGGAAGUUUGAAACAUAAGCAGUACCAGAUAGUGGCAGUAGAAGGUACUCUUUCUCCAGAAGAGAAAAUUGCCAGGAGGCAAGCUUCUCAAGUUUUUACAGCAGAAAAAAUUCCUUGAAGAAAAAAGCAUUACAAUAAUUGUGGCUGAACUUUAUUCUUCAAAUUCAGAGAUUGAACUCCUUAAUAUAACUUAUAAGUCUGUGACUUCUCCAAGAAUUUAACAUAACUUAAUUUCUAAAAUGUUUACAAUAAUUAAACUAUAGUUUUAAUAUUUCACUGUUUAGUAACUACAUCAAUAAAGUGUUCUUUGCA